GCUGUUUAGUGUUUGAUGAACCAUCAUGGACAAGCAUGAAGUGCUACCUUUUAAAGUUGGUCAGCUGGCCGAGGCGAGGUCUUUUCUGUCAGGCUAUCGUAGUGCAUGGUUCCGGUGCAAGAUAAAAGAGAUUACCAGGAUAAGGGGGCGCAUUGUGCAUGCCUUGGAAUAUUUUGAUUUUCCAGAUGAAAAAGUAAAGUUGACAAGACUAUACCAGGUGCCCCCACUUUAUGGUAAGAAGUCUAAAGGGAUAAAACGAUGGUUGAUGGUGCGGCCGUGCUACCCACCUGUCUACCAUAAAAGCCAGAUGCCUCAUGUCAGGGAAAUCUCAGAAGUGGCAGUCAUUGUUGAUGGUGUGUGGAAGGUGGGGGAUUUGGUAGAUUGGUGGACUGAUGGUUGUUAUUGGUCUGGAACAAUUACUCAAAUAUUGGCAAACGGCAGGAUUCAGAUCGAACUGCCCCAUCCUCCUCUGGGUGAAGGCGCAUCUUAUGAAGUUUCUUGCAAUGACUUGCGUCCUUCUUUAGAUUGGUCUCCGGAUAUUGGUUGGACUGUGCCUUCUUCUAUGGACGGUGAAAACAUUCGUUGCUGUGCCCGGCUUAUUCAGCCAAAGAACCCAGCUGCUGGGGCCUUUCCAGAGAUUCAUGCCAUGGAAGAAGGAAGGAAGUACUCCGAGGACACAGCUGGAUCUUCGUUUAAUGUUUCCAUCUCUUCUCAUAGGUCAGAUAACUCAUUACCAGCACCAGAUAAAUCAAAGCGCUCCAGAACCGGGGAGCUUCUGGAACAACCUUUGAGCACUGUUCCCAAGGAGACGAUGCUUAUAACAGAAACAAAUAUGGAGGCGGGCAUGGGGGAUAAUGGUGCUGGAAAGACAAGUUGUUCAGAUAGUGUUUCUAGUUCACACGGCAGAGAUGCUUCAGCUGAAGUCACAGGACAGAAUGUUGGGGAGGACCUGCAUUGUCCCAGUGGGUCUAAGAAAUCCAGAGACACCGAGGGAGUACUUUCGAAUUCAAUGUGUUCCGACACUUUAGAAGCUGCAAUUUUGGAUUUGGAGGAACUUGCAAACAAGGUUAAAUGGCUUAAGGGAAUUCUGCAAUUUGGAGUUCCUUUGUCUACAACCGCGAGGCCUUCAUGGAAGUUUGUGGAACAACGUCCAUCUUCCGUACCAAAAUGAUUGCUUCAAACAAGUGUAAGCUUGCAUACCUUUGGCUUGCGUAAUUUCGGGUUUUUGUUCUUUGCAGUACCUUGGUAUAGGUAGCAAGCCACCAGUAAUUUUUUAAAAUCUAGAUCCAUCGACUGAUAUUCAGAGUUGGAACUUGCAAAACAACAUUGUGUUCAAGAGAGUAGUGAGAUUUUUUGAUCAUUGUGAACUUCGGUUAAGUUCAAAUCUUUAUAAAACUGAUGGCACCUGGAAAUUGUACGGCACUCGACUCUUAUGUCUACAAAUUUUGUUGUAAUAUAGAAAUGUUGACUCUUAUUUUUGUGAAACCAAAAUUUUCUUGUGAAGUUGUUUUGGGUUUUUUUCU